ACCAGGCCCUGGACACCUGGUCUCAGCCCAGCUUUGCCCGCCUUGCUGUGUGAUCUUGGAUCUUCGUGAGGAUUCAGCGAUAAGACAAGGAAAACCCUGAGCCCCGAUAGUUAUCAGUACGAAAGUGCAACUCACUCAGCAAAAAGAAAAUGUGCAUUCCUUGUGCAGUGUCGCGAACGCGUUCACACAACACAGUUCUGGAAUACAACUUCUGAAUGAAAAAACCAGCAAGAACGUGGCCUUGUCUCCUCAGCGGCCAUGAGGCGCAGAGGCCCGGAGGAGGAGGAGGCCUGUGGCGUGUGGCUGGACGCGGCGGCGCUGAAGAGGCGGAAAGCGCAGACACAUUUAAUCAAGUCAAGUACCAAAAUGCUAACACUCUUUCCUGGAGAGAGAAAGGCUAACAUUUCUUUUGCUCAAAGAAGUCGUCCACCUGCAGGCACUCGGCAGACCAGCAUUGCUUCCUUCUUCACCCUGCAGCCAGGAAAGACAAAUGGUGGUGACCAGAGGAGUGCUUCAUCUCAUAUGGAAAGUCAGACCAACAAAGAGUCUAAGGAAGAUGCAACUCAGCUAGACCAUCUGAUCCAGGGCUUGGGGGAUGAUUGCAUGGCACCCCCUUUAGCCACUUCAACCCCUGCAGACAUCCAGGAAGCUAGACUCUCUCCUCAGUCCUUCCAGGCUUCUUACCACCAUGGAAUAGGAAGCCCAUGCGUGACUGUGCUGUCUUUUUUCCAGCCUGAUACCUUUGUCUGUGCUGGAGAGAGUAAAGCCUCACUGGCCUGUUCCUUCACCCAAGACCUGGAGAGUUCUUGCUUACUGGACCAAAAGGAGGAAGAGGGUUCUUCCUGGAAAAGGGAAUGGCCUCAUGGAUCUAAGAAAAAGAACUCUCAGAAUGUGGAGAGACACAGUAGAACACCUGGGCACAAGGGCCAUCAGCUCUUGGGUAAGACUAACUUGGAAAAGGUGUCUGCCAAAAGAAACAGGCAGGCCCCCAUCCUCCUUCAAACAUACGAGGAUUCCUGGAGUGGAGCAAACAAAGAAGCAGUGAAACAAAGCCCUUGUCCUAUUCCUGUGUUUUCCUGGGACAGCGAAAAGAAUGACAAGGACUCCUGGAGUCAGCUUUUCACCGAGGAUUCUCAGGGCCAGAGGGUCAUUGCCCACAACUCUAGAGCUCCUUUCCGAGAUGUAACCAAUGACCGGAAUCAGGGCUUAGGACAGCUUCCUAACAGCCCUUGGGCUCAGUGCCAGGAUAGGACCACCCAGUUAAAUCUGCAGACUGAUUUGCUCUUUACCCAGGACUCUGAAGUCCAAGCUCUAGUUCAGCCAGACUGUUGCAGAUUUCUUACUGAGAGGCAGAAACAUCUGCAGUGAGGAAGGCAGCUAUUGAAAGAAUUCCAGGAGCAUGAGACUGAGUUUGCAGAGCUGAGUGCCAUCAGUUUCCU